AUGUGCUUGAGAUGCAGCCUUGUCGCAACUGCGUGUCAUGGAACCUUGAUUGUGAAUUGGGAGUAUCACGGCGAGGAAAGUAAGCAUUCCUCGGCUCUUUGCCUCCGUUUCAUACCAAUAUCUCUCGGUAGAUACCCUCGUCGGAACAAGAAAGCCUCACAAGGACCGAGUGAGGCCUCGCAAAGCGCGUCGGCUGCUCCACUUCCUCGGCAGAGCUCUAUUCAUGAUCGCUUAUUGCAUUACGCACCAUCAAAUCGUGCCGAGACGGAGAAAGGCGUCGUUCAUAAAACUGUGUUUCUCGGUGAAUCAAGUCCCUUGACAUGUGUUGUUGAUGAGGGCCAGCGAUCGCUUGACAAAGGAAAUGCAUGCGGGAUCCAGAAGGGACGACUGCACUAUUCUAUCUCGGAGCUUCGCGGCUCUGCAGAAUCGCUUGAUAAUUCUCUGAGCCAACGCAGGAAGUCUCUCCAAGAUCGUCUCAUUCGCGAGAGUGCUCUGAUCUUUCCAUCACCUGCGAUCUGUGACGUACUUCUCCAUGCAUAUUUUGAAUGGUUCCACCCAUGCUUCCCAAUCCUCGAUCGUUCACAGAUCCAGGAUGAAUAUCAUGAAAACAAAAUUUCGCCUCUCCUCCUUCAGGCAAUUCUCUUCAUUGGAGUGAGUAUAUGCUCGGAUGUCAGUUUGAAUACGACAGGGUACAACGAUCGUUACCAGGCGAAGGGCACCUUUUAUUGGCGUGCAAAAGAGAUAUAUGAUGUCGGAUGGGAGACUGACACAAUUAUCAAGCUACAAUCCUUGUUUUUGCUAAGCUUUUGGCGCGGAGGCCCUACUGAGGAGCGAGACGUUCGCUUUUGGCUUGGGGCAGCUAUUGACUUGGCCCAGAAAAAGGGCAUGCAUGUGAUGUCCAAGUUGCCUUUUUUGAGUGAGCGUGACCAAAAAAUUUGGAAAAGGAUUUGGUGGGCGUUAUAUGUGAUGAAGCCACUCAACGAUAUGGAUCUACCGUCGCUAAUGGAGCAACAGGUUCGUGACCAGCAAACUUCCGCUGCACUGGGAUUACCAUCUCGUAUUCGCGAUGAAGAUUGUCAAGUUGAAGGGCUUAACAUACCAGAUUUCGAAGAGGACAGUUCUGCUUCAACCUCUGAGACUUUUCAGAAACCGCCCGCGGCGCACGUUCCCUACGUGAUCGGGAUGGCGCAACUUGCCAAAUUAUUACGUGAGGUUGUCACUAGCCAGUAUCUACCUGGUCGGUCAAAAUUGGAUAACCCAUCGCGCCCGUUACUUCGCAAGCGUUUGACAGAGUGGGAAUCCAACCUGCCGACAGAAAUGCGACUUGAAAUAUCUACAAGUCGAAAUGUGAUGUUCCUAGUUGGCAUGCUCCAUAUGGCUUAUAACAAUCUAUACAUUUUGCUCUAUCGACCCAUAUUUCUCCAACAGCCAAGUGGGUCGACAAACAUUGAGGGCAAUAUCGCUUUAGAAGCAGCCACAAGGAGUACGCGUAUUCUUGAGGAUAUGCUUUCUGAUAACUUGGUGCAACACGGGCCAGUACAUCUGAUCACGCACACAUUCUCUGCCUUGUGCAUCCACACUAUUCACUUUUCGCGAGUGGCUAGCACGGCCCGGAAACUCGCAGAACAUCGGGCAAAGUUGUGUCUCCUCGGACUCAAGGAACUUCAGAAGUCUUGGGACUUGGAGAACUGGGUCUUGGAUCUUUUCUUCCGUUGCCUGGAUGAUCGCAUUGCUCGGAAUCUUCGGCUGGCCGACUUCGGGAUGUCAUCCUCGGGACCACCAGGGCAAUCAUUCAAGAUCUCACAAACACCCGAUUCUCCAGCACUGAGUGCUCCCUCAAAUGAUACUAGUAGCACUCUCGCUCCACCUGGAAAUGAAAGUUCUGCGUUCAUGGCGCAGGUAAAUGCAACAGAUGACGCAUCCAUCAAUAUGGACUGGUAUGAGCUCUUCAACGUGGAUGGAGAUGACUUUUCAGGGCUUGCUGGAUCUUUGACAAACCCGGACUACCUGAACCCUCAAAAUCUAGAAUUCUUGUACCGCUUUCUAUAA